GCUGGAUGCUAGGACCAAAACGGAAUUAAGCCCAGCGCUUCCACGGAGAGGAGGCAGGAUGCUACGUCCCCUUUUCUCUUCAUAAUUUAGGCGCAUAAAUCCCACAUGUCACGCCCCAUCUGUGUGAACUAUUCCCGCCUCGAAGCUGUUGCCGUUCAAAGCGCCAUGCAGGAUCCUUCUGCGUUUCAUAUCCUCUUAUUCAAUGAUUGUGUCGUUAAAUUCAAAGACUCCAUGGACCUCCUUAACGAAGCUGAUACCUAGGCGUUCGUUUACGCGGCAGCAUUCAAAAUCCCUUCGAAUGCACCGUUCAAGAUGUUUGCGGGUACUUCUGUCGGGGCCAUAUGUGUCCAGUAUCAUUUGUGUAAUGGAGCCCGUCAACCUUUCAACCAAGAUCGAGUAGGUCAAUGACACCACCAAUGAGGCUGAGGUGCAGUCCCGCUUAUUGUCGGGCGGUUGCUGACACCCUCAGCUGGCUCUUCGAGCCCCCUCCUCCAGCCGGUGCAGAGAUUCGUCUAACCGAUCGAAGGAACGCACGCUCACACGCAAAGUCGCAAAGUCCCGCCCGUUCGUACGGAAAGCGGCCAUCUCAUCCCUUUUUCGAACAUGCCAUUCGCUACACCGACGCGCCUGCCCUAGAGCGACAUAUAAACACGGACCCUGCCGCUAUGGGUCAAGAUCUUGGACGAGCGCGUGGUGAUGGCUCAAGGCGACAUCAAGCCGCCAAACUUCCUCAUCGACCCUCAGACCCUACAGGCGACCAUCAUCGAUUUCGGCGAUAUCAGCGCACUGCCGCAUCUGUUUGUCAGCUUCACGCUACCACAUUGUCGAGUUUUUGA